ACUCGAACUUCCGGUCCCAGGGUCCCCGCCUACAGUUCAAACUGGGAAAAUGGCGGGGGCUUCUGAGUCAGUAACUAUUGCCCCUUCGCAGGAACAAGAGAGAGUGGCCGGGCCAGACAGCCAGGUCUCAGUCCCAGCCAACCCCCGAGAGGACUUCCGAGUGCGUUGCACUUCGAAGAGAGCUGUGACCGAGCUGGUAGAACUGUGCGGCCGCUUCAUGCAAAAGCUCGGAGACACGCUGCCAGAGGAGAUUCGAGAGCUCGCGCUGCGAGAUGCGCAGUGGACCUUUGAAUCAGCUGUACAAGAGAAUGUUAGCAUUAAUGGGCAAGCAUGGCAGGAAGCUUCAGAUGAUUGUUUUAUGGAUUCUGACAUCAAAGUACUUGAAGAUCAGUUCGAUGAAGUCAUAGUAGAUAUAGCAACAAAACGUAAGCAGUAUCCCAGAAAGAUCCUUGAAUGUGUCAUCAAAACCUUAAAAGCACAACAUGAAACUCUGAAGCAGUACCAACCUGCUGUGCAUCCGUUGGACCUAAAAUAUGACCCUGAUCCAGGUUCUCGCAUGGAAGGUCUGAAAUGCAGAGGGGCGACCAUAGCUAAGGAGAUCAGUGAAGCCAUGAAGGCUCUGCCUGCAUUGAUUGAACAAGGAGAUGGAUUUUCCCAAGUUUUGAAGAUGCAGCCUAUCAUUCAGCUCCAGAGGAUCCACCAAGAAAUCUUUUCCAGUUGUAGAAAAACAGAUGCUAAACCUGAGAGCUUUGUAACACAAUUGGAAACCACACCAACAGAGACUGCUUCUAGGAAAACCUCUGAUGUGGUACUAAAAAGAAAGCGAUCCAAGGACUGCCCCCAGAGAAAAUGGUAUCCACUGCGGCCAAAGAGAAUUAAUCUGGAUACAUAAGCUCUUUUUGUUUGAGAAUACAGGUGCUGCCAGUGUUUAGAUUACCAUCUACUACCUAGAUAGGACUUCAUUUAAACAACAAAUAACUCUUACUAGUGAGUCAUUGAUGCAAAUAUAGCAAGUCUGUGCUGGGAUAUGAGGUAAUAUUGUAUUAUCAUUUCAUUUCACCUAUAGUAGGUGAAAAGUGUUUUUAGGUUUUUUUUUUUUUUUUUUAAAGUUGUCACAAAACACAUCGUGAACAUUAAGAGUAAAGAUUUUUAUUUUCCUUAAAUGCCAUCAACUCGUGGCUACCUUGCAGCUUUUGUGGAAUUGUGUAAGUAAUGUAUUCUGUUGGUUUCCUUGAUGUGCAUAUACAGGGGAGCCUGUGUGAUGAUUCCUUAGGUGCUGAAAACAAACAAGUUCUGCACAGGAGCAGGUGCAUUUUUUUUAGAUGUAGGAUUUUGCUUAUUUGCAGUGCUGUGGGUGGAACCCAAGGCCUUGUGCAUGGCACAUGUGCUCUUCCACUCAGCUACAGCUCUAGCCCUAGCUGCAGUUUCAUUUAUCAACUUAAUGUACGAAUGACAAACUGGCUUUGAAUUUGUUAUUCUAAGGUCAGCUAAUUUGAAUUUGUGGGAUUAAUUUUGGGCUUUUUGGUUUUGUUUCAGAAGACAAAGAUGACAUUAUUUGUGCAAGAAUUACUCUUCAGAAAAAACAUUGGCAGGUAGCCAGUGUUUUUUGCCCAUAAUUUUGUUUUUCAUGAGUAUUUAACAUAAUUUGACUUGGAAACUAAUAGUUUUUUUGUUUGUUUUGUUUUGUUUUUAGGAUUCCUCAUUUAUUUCUUUACACAUAAAUUCUUCCAGUUCAAAGCAUAUAUCAGAUUAACUGGCCAGUUGUCAUUCUACAAUAAAUGUAAUAAUACUGAACUAUUCAGUUAAGGAUGUUUAUAUGUCAGAUAUACAAUCAUUGAUAGAAACCUAAGAAAAAUGUAUUACGUAUAUUUCUUAACAUUUAACUAUAGUUUCUUAUAGCACUUAUGGUGUCUCUUAUAAUAUGCAGUAUAGGCAGGACCAUAUAACUUACCAUGUUUUCCCUUUUGAUGCCUAUAAUAUUUUUCUGCAUUCCCAGAGGAAUUUACUAAUCAUGGCUUAGAUAAUUUAUACAUCUGUUACUCAUAAUGUCUUAAUAAUCAUAAAUGUCCAGAUUUGUGAGACCUUUCUCAAUGAAGAAAGCUUAUAAAGCCACUUUAUUGCAUUCUUGCAUUCUGUACUUUAAUGUUACAGUUUGAUAUCUGUAUAUUUGUAUAUAGUGAUGUUUUUAAUUAAAAUAAUGUACAAAGA